UUUUAAAAAAUAAGAUGGUAAAGCAGGUUACCUUAUUAUCGAUAGUGCAGACGCCACGCCAUUUUGUUAGAAACCCAACAUGGAUUUUUAACUAGACAUUAAGUGCGCGUGUUCAACCAGGUGUAGAAAAAGGGAUAAAAACGAUGCCCUUCAUGCGUUUUUUCAAUUAACGGUGUUCGGCUAAAAUCUAUUUAAAACUAUGCGAAAGUCCUAAUAUGCUCGCGACACCCACCGGACGCGAUGGUGUUUUGUGCGUGAAUUGUUUGCUGCGGUGCCGGCAUUUCUUUAGCUGUUCGUUUCGUUCAAUAAAAAUCCUACAACCGGGGCCCUGGAGCCCCAUUUCGAUUUAAAACGUUGAACAGAAACCGCUCCCCAAGAUGAUGUACACGGGAACUACUACAGAGCAAGAUAAUCGCUUUAGCGAUAAAGAGAAGAAAUUACUUAAGCAAAUGAAGUUUAGUGAUUGUCUUAGUCAGAGGGUUGAUAUGUCCAAAAUUAAACUGGAUGUAAUAAAACCAUGGAUUCAAGAGAAGAUUACAGAAAUUUUAAAGAUUGAUGAUGAUGUUGUUGUUGAUUUUGUUUAUAAUCAACUUGAUGAGAAGUAUCCUGACCCCAAAAAGAUUCAAAUUAAUCUAACAGGCUUUCUUCAUGGCAAAAAUGCCAGAGAAUUUAUGGCUGAACUUUGGGCUUUACUCAUUUCAGCACAAGAAAAUCCAACAGGAAUACCUGAUUGUCUCCUUGAACUUCGUAAAGAAGAAAUUACCAAGAAAAGACAAGAAUUAGAAGAAUCUUCUAAAGAACGUGAAAAAGAAAAAGCAAAACCAGAAAAGGACAAAAAAUACCGAGAACGUGAACGAUCCCGUUCGCGUCGUUCAAGAUCAAGAUCUCGCCGUUCGAGGUCCAGAUCUAGACAACGGAGGAAGUCUCCAGAAAAUAAAACGUCCAGGGAUAGCGAUCGAUCGAAAGAACGCAAAGACAAACGUUCGCGAAGCCGAUCCGUCUCCAAAUUGAACGACUACAAUAACAAGGACAACGGGAACGUUAGUCCAAGUGAAAAACGGGAUCGAAACGGCGAAAAUAGCGACAAAGAACGCGAUGGACCACAUAAAAGAAAUGCAAUCACUCACAAGGAUCCCCCUCAACAAGUAUCGAAACUUCAAGCGAAGCUGAUGUCAAUGGCCGGAAACGACACCUUAAAAUCGAAAUCAGCAUCCCAUUCGAAGUCGAGAUCCCGUUCGAGGAGCAAGAGCGGUUCACUCAGCAAGUCGAGGUCGAGAUCAAGAGGAUCUAGAUCUUCAAGCAACUCGAGGAAGUCGGCGUCUAAAGAGCGGAAGUCGCGGUCGGUGUCCAAAGGGGUCGGAGGAGGCGCAGCCGAAAAACAGCGGCGUUCUCGUUCCAGCUCGGGAUCGAAGGCGAAUUUCGAAAUUCACAAGAAAGAAGACAGCGUUCAGAAGAAGCGCCACUACCGGACGAACAAAGAAAGUUCCGACAGCGAAGCCGAAGUGGACAAACGACGCGGGAAACGAUCACCCUCAAAAAGUCCGAAACGGGAUGCCAGAAAAAGUCGGGAUCGGCGGGAUAGCUCGAGGAGGAGACGAAGUCUUUCAAAAAGGAGGAGUAAUAGUCGUAAAAGAAGUUUAUCUCGAAGGAGGAGUGUGUCUCGUUCAAAAAGAAGCCCGAGUCGCCGACGUCGCAGCCCCUCAAGAUCUCGCAGAAGCCCCUCAAGAGGCCGCUACAGCCCUUCAAGGCGAAGGAGAAGCUACAGCCGCAGAAGGAGCUUGAGCAGAAGAAGAGGACGUCGCAGUCGAAGCAGAAGAAGUCCAAGUAGAAGACGAAGAAGCGUUAGCAGAAGAAGAAGUCGAGACCGUCUUCGCCGUUCAAGAUCAAGAGAUAAUCGUCAAACUUAUAGAAGACCACCGUCCAGAGAUAGAAGAAGAUCAAGAAGCCGAGAUAAACGUUCAAGGUCAAGAAGACGAUCACCAAGAGACAGUCGAGGCAGCGCAAGAAAACGAUCUCCACCACCAAGAGGACGCUCAAGACCAAGAAAACCGAGUAUAAGUCCACGAAGGCAACAAAGUGAACGUCGCGAUCCACCAAAACCAGAACAAUCUCGUGAAGAACGAGUUCCACCACGAAAGGAAGAGAAGAAAGAGCCUAUAAUUGAACCAGCCCCACCAUCAAGGAAGGUUCCUGAAACUAGGAAAAAUGAAGAGAUAGAACAAAGAAAAGUUGAUAGAACUAAAACCGAUAGAAAUACAGCUCGCGUUGAAGUUGAAACUAAUAAACGGAAGUCGGAUCAUGUAAAUGAAUCGAAAAAGGAUAAGAAAAAAUCGAAAUCGAGAAGUAGCAGCCCUAAGAUGCAUCAAAUUCCACCUCAUGCACCUCCCAGGUAUUCAAGGAGUUUAUCAAGAACACCAUCACCGUUCAUAAAGGCAAACGAAUUCCCGCCAAAUAAAAAAGAAGGUAAUAAAGAGGAUGUUAAAAAAAUAAAAAAAGAUAUUAAUAAAGAAAAAGAAGUUAAAGUGAGCAAAAAAAGACCGAAAAGUGAAUCAGAAACAAAUUCAUCAAGUUCGGAAAGUGAAGAAGAAGUAAAAAGUAAAGAUUCGAGAAAAAAAUUACGGACAAAGAAACGUCCGAGAAAACGUUCGCCGAGUUCAAGUGAUAGUGAUCGGGAAUAUUCAAAGAAAAAGGAUGAUAAAAAAGAAUCGAAACGAUCUAAACGCGAUAGUAGUGAAGAAAAACCAAGAAAGAAACGUCACGCAAGUUCCGAUUCGGGAACCGAUAAAAAGUAUAAACGUAAACAAAGAUCUUCAAGUACUGAAGAAGAAAAAACUAAAAAAUCCCGCCGAGUUGAAAAUUCGAGUGAUAGUGAUGAACCGAAAAAAUCGAAAAAACAUCGAGACACGUCUAGUGAUUCGGAAGUUGAGAAAAUUGAAAAGCGCGAUAAAGAUAAAAAGAAACAUAAAAAAGAGACUAGUUCCGAUUCGGACGAUGAUACGGCGAGAAAAAAGAAAAGAAAGAAGUCGAAAGCAAAGACUGAAAGCGAAAGCGAUAAUGAAAUCGAUUCGAAAAAGAGGAAGAAAGAUAAGAAGCAUAAGAAAAAGAAAAAGCAUUCGAAGAAACACAAGAAGCAUAAGAAGAAGAAAGUUGAAAGUGACGACUCGGAUAAUAGCGAUCCCGAGAUACUUAAUGAGGAUGAAAAAAAGUUGCGCGAAAAAGCGCUUAAGUCCAUGAAGAGGCAUGAUUCUAGUGACAAAUCUGAAUGAAAUUGACACAAAUAGAAAUAAAAAAGAUAAUAUGGACUUAGUUAACAAAAAAAAACAAAGAUAUUGAUUAAUUUAAAAAUUAAUUUUUUUCGUUCUGAAUUAUGAUUUUUUUGUUCAAAUUGAUUUAAUAGAGGAUAAUCUUUAGAAAAUAUGGUGUGAAUUGUGUAUUAUAUUGUUUUCCUUUUUUCUUUGUCAUUCAUUCCGUAUGAAUAUAAUAAAGUUAUUUCAAUGUGGUCAAACAAAUUUUAUUAUCUGCAAGACAAAUGAAUUUAGACAAACAAAAAAGAGUAAUCUUCUGGAUUUUAUAUACAUACAAUUGAUAGCAAUUAUCGCGAUUGAAUUAUUAAUAAAGGAAUAAAUAAAAUUUCAA